AUGGAUGAGCCACCAUCAUCUCCGCCGACGGAUCUGUCAUCUCCCGAAAGUGCGAUAGCAUACUAUAAAGCGCAGUACGAACAGUUGGAGCAUGAGUUAGCUGAGUUUCAGGCAUCCAGUCAGGAGUUGGAAGCCGAAUUGGAGAAGGAUGUGGAAGCGGCUGAGAAGAGAGAACGAGUAUUGCAAGAGAAGGUGGAAAGCUUGGGAUUUGAAGUCGACGAGUGGAAGAGUAAAUACAAGCAAUCCAAAACCGAGGCAAACGCCGCGCAGAAUAUUUUACAGAAGGAGAUCACCACACUUCGAGAUGCUAAUCGAACAUUGCAGCUCAAGUUGCGUGAUAUCGAGGUCGCGAACGAUGACUUCGAGAGACAGGCGCGGAAUACAUCUUCAUCGCUGGAAGAUCUGGAAUCGAAGUUCAAUGUUGCUAUCGAGCGAGCUGUUAUGAUGGAGGAGGAGAUCAAAAUCGGGGAACAAGAAAGAGAAAACCUGCGUAUAGAGACGCAACGGCUGCGGGAUGAGCUUUCGGAUUUGAAGAUCGAGGCAGAGAUCAUGCAAGACAAGUUACGAAAACGUCAACUCGCGUCUAUCUCUACGAUUCACAGUACGCCAAACUCACCAUCUCUGGUGGGCUCCCCGACUUCUACAGCCUCUUCACCGAUGAUCACAACUCCCCCGGACACCAAAUCGGUAUCCACGACAGACACAGUCUCCGAAACUCCCACCCCACCUUCCCCUCCCAUGUCAGAUGCUUCUGCAACCACGAGACCAAUUGCAAAGACCCCAAUGAAUCCACCAAAGAGCAAGUUGAAGCUUCCUUCAGGCAACUCCAGCACUACGCCCAAACCAGCAUCAGCUUACCAAUCCGCGAACUUUCGAAGUUCUAGAGGCCCCGGAGGUCCAUCAUCGCUAUCGAGUUCCCGUAUGAGGAACGCUACUCCAUCUGUCAUUCGGGGUACGAGAAUAAAAGCACCUGCGACACGGAGACCGGCAAACUCCAACUCUCUCACACAUAUCCGAAGUCUCACAGCGCAAAUGCAACGACUUGAGCAACGUGUGCAAUCUGCGAGAUCGAAACUGCCAGCACCCGUUAGCACACCUCCGCGGGCAUCCCCUCGAAAUGAGUCGGCCUUGGGUCAUAACUUCAUGCCCCCAAGCGUCACCAUCAGAAGCAGAAAACGAACGACUGGAAGCACAGUAAGUGCAACAUCGUCAGCGGGCGGAGAUGAAACGCCGUCCUCAAACCAUGCUACAAGAUUAUCUACAUCGGGAAUCAGCCGACUAUCCUUCGGGCCGCUGCCGAAUCGCGAGAAUAGCGAGAGUAGCAGACCCAGUAGCCGUGCAAGCACGUCGAGCUAUGUGCGCCCUGACCGGCCUCUUAGUCGAACAGAGAUUGCUCGCCCGGUUAGUCGUACUUCAUUGUCAGGCACGCGAACGCCUUUGGGACACUACUCGCAAUCUCAAACUGCGGAAUCCCGGCGGCCGAGAUCAAGCAUUGGCGGGAGCUACGCCGCCUCGCAUGGCCAUGGCCAUUCACAGAGCGUCUCCAAUAUCCCCUUAGAGGAAGGGGACUUGGAGCCACCCACGCCGAGUCGGAGGAAUACACUCAGCAAGCAGGAUGCGGAAGGGAGUGCCAUCCCUGCCCCAACCGGGCUGCCGAGAAGGAAAAGCGGAAGUGUGUCGAUGACGACGAACCUGCCACGGCGGGCGGCUAGCGGAAUGGCCUUGAGGGAGGCGGAUAGGAGAGCGGAGGCCAUGCACCCCCCAGGGCGGCCGAGGAAGUUGAGCGGGGUGGGAGAAACAUACUGA